AUGUCUCCAGGGAUGGGGUUUCUCCACUGGCUGGAGGGGACAUGACUGGUUUGCAGCCUCGGACCAUCGGGUGUUCAUGUGCACAGAAGGAAAUGCUGUUGUCCCUCUGGGCACCACUGCUCUCCAGCCAGGAGGUGACUUGGCCAUUUGCAGACUCUGGACUCAUCUGGUGCAAAGCAAAUGCAACUGAUUAAAUCCCACAUCACCCAUGAGAAUCAUAGAACCAUUUCAGCUGGAAGAGACUCUCAGAAUCAUCGAGUCCAACCAUAACCCAACUCUAGCACUUAAACCACGUCCCUAAGAACCUCGUUUAAAUGCUUUUUAAACCCCUCCUGGGAUGCCUUGGGAAAAAUAAAUAAAUAAAUAAAUAAAAAUAAUUGAACCUGCUUUGCUUUGCCCUUGUACAGAUUAGCAGUGCUUGCACCGCUCAUUGGCAAAGCACUUUUGGGGCACUCUGUGUUGGAGAACAUAAAAAUGUUGGAGAACAUCAGAAUGUUGGAGACCUUUCCCUUUCUUCUCUUUUGGGACCAAAUGAGCUCAGCUGUAACCCCCUUCCCUCGGUCCUGAGCUCGUUUGCGGUAGUAUUCCCAAUAUCCACUCUUCCUUUCAUUUGUUCAGUGUGCGUCCAUAGUCUGGUCUUAAAUGUAGAAAUCAGUGAGUGAAAUUCUCUAAACCCUCUUUUGCAAAAACUGGACUCUGUGCAGUGUAGAAAAAGGAAUUUGCUGAAAUUGCUGGAGAGCACACAUCAAAACCCGUCUGCCUGACCCAGCAAAACCGUAACUCCACCUUGAUCAUACUGGACCUUCCACCUUAAAAAUCUGUCUGUUCAUCAAGGGAGAUGAACCUGUGGUGCUCCACAGGGGAAAAGCAAACACUGCCAAAGAGGGCAGAGGUUCUCGGCUGCACGUCUGCUUAUCAGCUGCUGGAUGGGAAUAAAAAGCCCUCUCCUGUCCCUGCCCAGCUCCAGUCCAAGCUCCUGGACGGGCACAGAGCUCCCAUGGCACUCGGGGUGGUUCUUCUCUUCACCGUGAUAGCAUCUCUGCUCGGUGGGCUUUACCUCCUGGGCGCAUUUCGGAGGCGUGGACCUAAUGAGCCACCUCUGGACAAAGGUACCGUUCCCUGGCUGGGUUAUGCGCUGGAUUUCAGAAAGGACAGUUCAGAGUUUCUAAAAAAGAUGCAGAGGAAACACGGGGAUAUUUUCACGGUGCUGAUGGGGGGUUAUUACUUCACCUUUGUGAUGGACCCCUUCUGCUUUGGAGCCAUCGCGAAGGAAUCACGAGCUAAACUAGACUUUAGGACUCCUGCGACUAAGCUGGUCCUGCGAGUUUUUGGCUACAAGACCUUUGAAGGCAACAAUAGCAUGAUUCAUGCAUCGAGCACGAAGCAUCUGAUGGGAGAUGGACUCAGUGUCAUGAUCCAAGCCACCAUGGAGAACUUUGGGAAGCUGAUGUUUUUCAAUCCGAGCUCAGGAGAGGAGAAGCGAGUGUGGCAAGAGGACAACCUCUUCCACUACUGCUACAACAUCGUCUUCAGAGCUGGGUACCUGGCUCUGUACGGCACUGAGCCAUACCAAGGGGCAGAUAACAAGGAGAAAGCCAAUGAGCAAGACCGCAUCCACUCUAACCAACUGUUCCAUGAGUUUCGGAAGUACGACCGCCUCUUCCCUCACCUGGCCUAUGGUGUGUUGCCUUGCAAGGACAAAAUAGAAGGUGAGCGGCUUAAGAGGUUCUUCUGGAGCAUGCUGUCUGUGAAGAAGACCUGGCAGAAGGACAACAUCAGUGGGUGGAUAAGUGAUCAAGACCAGUUUCUGGCAGAAAACAGUGUCCCCGAGCACAUGCGGGAUCGUUUCAUGUUUAUGAUGCUCUGGGCAUCCCAAGGCAAUACAGGCCCAACUGCCUUCUGGCUCCUUUUGUAUCUAAUGAAACAUCCAGAAGCCAUGAAGGCUGUGAAGGAUGAGGUGGAUAAAGUCUCAAGGGAGAGCGGCCAAGAACUGAAACCGGGGAGCCCACCAAUUAACAUCACUAGGGACAUGUUAAACCAGACCCCUCUUCUGGACAGCGCUCUGGAGGAGACCCUGAGGCUGGUUGCAGCCCCGCUGCUGGUCAGAGCUGUCCUCCAGGACACCAACCUUAAGACCAGCAGCGGGACAGAGUAUGUUCUCCGCAAAGGAGACAGGGUGGCUCUGUUCCCGCACAUCUCCGUGCAGAUGAACCCAGAAAUCCACUCUGAGCCUCACGAGUUUAAGUACGACCGCUUCGUAAACCCAGACGGCACCAAGAAGGAGUUCUACAAAAACGGGAAAAGGCUGAAAUACUUCAACAUGCCCUGGGGAGCAGGAGUAUCCAUCUGUCCCGGGCGUUUUUUUGCUCUUGCUGAAAUGAAGCUGUUCGUGUUCUUGAUGCUGAGUCGAUAUGACCUGGAGCUGGUCAAUGGAGAUGAGGAGAUCCCAGCGAUAGACAUCAGCCGCUGGGGAAUCGGGACGAUGCACCCUGUUCGCGAUGUUCGGUUCAGAUACCGGCUUCGCUUUUAAUUUGGGAAGUCCUUGUGUUGUUUUCUGAUGUUAUCUGUGAAAUAAAUGUGCUAAUGUGAUCUUGUUUGCUUAA